AUGCGUGAGUUCCUAGGGCCAGAUGGGCACGUCGACGUAGUGCUGAACACGCUCGUGGACGACUAUAUCCCAGAGUCUCUCAAACUGCUCGGACCAAAUGGACGCUUCAUGGAGUUGGGCAAGAGGGGCAUUUGGACUCGUGAGCAAGUGAAGGAGGCUCGUCCAGAUGUGAUGUACGAGACAAUAGCUGUGGACACCAUGAUGGAAGAAGACCCCGCUUGGUUUGGUGGAAUGCUUGACAGAAUCCGGGAGAGCGUCGAGAGUGGUCGGCUCUCCAGCCCUCCACUGAAAGUAUUUGACAUGGAGGAUCCUGUUGAGGGAGGAGUGGCUGCAUUUAGGUAUCUGCAGAGAGCCCAGCAUAUUGGGAAGGUCGUCGUCAAGCUCCCGAGCUCUAUUGAACCAGUAGAGGACGGGGCUAUUGUCAUAACAGGUGGCCUUGGCGCUCUUGGCUUGGUGGUUGCCGGCUGGCUUGCAGAGGAAGGAGCUCGAAACAUUGUUUUAAUAGCCCGUCGCGAGUCUCCGCCUCCCUCAGGCAGCGUGCCUGAAUGGGACUGGCUGUCGAAUAUCAAUUGUAAAGUAAGCUUCUUCUCUUGCGACGUGUCGAAUUAUGAAAGCGUGCGCGGCGUCUUUAAGAAGAUACAGAAGACUGUGGCUCCGAUCAAAGGGAUUUUCCAUGCAGCGGGGGCUCUUGCUGACUCGCUCCUUGACAGCCAGUCACUCGAAGGGCUCCGUCGCGUUUAUUCUGGCAAGGUGUCAGGGGCUUGGAACAUUCAUCGAGUGUGCGAAGAACAGGGCAUCGACAAAGACCUUCGGUUUUUCGUGUUGUUUUCUUCCAUCACAUCGCUUAUAGGAAACGUUGCGCAGGCCAACUAUGCCUCAGCCAAUGCAUGCCACGAUGCUUUGGCGCAGUGGCGCAGACGAAAAGGCCUUUGCUGCCAGUCAGUCCAGUGGGGACCCUGGAUUGAGCAAGGCAUGGCAGUGGAGAUGAGGCAGCAACUGGCAAGAAAUGGCAUGAAAGGAAUUACAAACGAACUUGGCUUUAGAACUCUCCAUGACGUUCUUCUUCACCCAGAUUGCCCCCCGGUUUUGGCUUGCCAGGCAUUCAAGUGGAGAGCAUUUUUCAUUCGAUAUGUCACUGUCCCCCCGCUUUUUGAAGGGGUCUCGCAGGAGGCGGCAGAUUUACCAGAAUCGUCAGGCAUGACUAUGAAGCACCUUUCUACGGCGGAAAGGAAAGAGUUUAUCAAGGCUCAAGUGGCUGCGGCUGCUCGACAGGUUCUUGGGAGCAGCUCUCCUCCUUCGUUUGACAAGCCUCUGCAGGAUCUAGGAGUGGAUUCACUCGGAGCCGUCGAAUUCCGUAACCUUCUCUCCAAAAAGCUGGGUAUGAAGCUCUCCGCAACUACGUUGUUCGAUUACCCCACUCUUAAUGCAAUUACCGAAUAUGUCUUUGAGGCAACGGGAGAGGACAGCGGCCCAACCGAGAGUGGUGCAGGUUUUCAGUUAGGACGUGGUGGUGUCCCGCAUGAGGGCCUCGCUAUCGUGUCAGUUGCCUGCAGAUUCCCUGGCAGCUCUGACUCGACAGAAGCAAUGUGGCACAUGCUCAUAAAUCGUACGGAUUGUAUGAUGGAUAUUCCCCUAAGCCGAUGGAGUGUGCACGAAAUGUACAGCGACGACUUUGACUUUCCUGGGAAGGCCUAUGUCAAGCGGGCUGCAUUCAUUGAUAAUGUAGAGUACUUCGAUAACACUUUAUUCAACAUUACUCCCCCAGAGGUCAAGGCCAUGGACCCUCAACAACGAAUACUGCUGGAGGUGUCCUAUGAAAGCUUUGUCUCUGCUGGCUACACCAGAGAAUCCCUCCACAAUGCCAACAUUGGCGUGUUUGUUGGCGUUUGCAACCAUGACUGGGUUUACCUAAUGUCUGAUGACAAGAUAUCUUCCUUUUCCGGCACUGGUUCCGCGGGCUCCAUAAUUGCCAACCGUCUAUCGUAUGUAUAUGGAUUGAAGGGCCCUUCUGUAGCUGUUGACACAGCCUGCUCAUCUUCCCUCGUCGCAGUGGAUGUUGCAUACGAAAAGGUGGUUCGUGGAGACUGUCAGUCUGCCCUUGUUGCUGGCGCCAACUUGAUGCUUACGCCUCACUUGUUCAUUGCAUUUUGCAAGGCACGCAUGCUUUCCCCUGAAGGCAAGUGUAAGACUUUCGAUGAUUCAGCAAAUGGCUAUGCAAGGGGUGAAGGCGUAGCAGCGGCAAUGAUAGUCCCAUUUAAUGAGGCUCAAGAAGCGAAGAUGGAGGUCUUAGCCGUUAUUCGAAGCACAGCUUGCAACCAUGUUGGCCGAAGUGCCAGUCUUAUAGCACCGAAUGGCCCUAGCCAAGCUGACGUUAUUCGUGCAGCGAUUGCCAGAGCGGGCAUCAAGCCAGCUGAUAUUUCUUAUGUGGAGACUCAUGGAACUGGCACGGCGUUGGGAGACCCAAUCGAAGUGCACGCCCUGAAAAGCGUGUUCGCCAAUGGGAGAGCAAAAGAUAACCCGCUUAUACUUGGAGCUCUGAAGACCAAUAUUGGCCACCUGGAAGGGUCUUCGGGAAUUGCCGGGCUGAUUAAGGCGGUUCUGGUGUUGCAGAAUAAAACUGUUCCCCCCAAUAUCCACUUCAAAAAGCUGAAUGAGCACAUAAACGUCUCCGACUUCCCUGUCCAGUUCCCCACAGAUGCUGUCCCACUGGCUGCAAACGGUUCAAUAAAACGACUUUUUGCUGGUGUUAGCUCGUUCGGAUUCGGAGGGGCCAACGCCCAUGUAAUUCUCGAAGAAGUGCCAGCCAACCUCCGUUCUAUUGAGAGGCCCGUCAGCAGACAAAAGAUUUGCUUCAUGUUUACUGGGCAGGGUUCGCAAUAUGUUAAUAUGGGUAAGGCGCUAUAUGAGGAGAAUCAGGUAUUCCGACAGUGCUUGAUUAAGGCGAGCGAAAUUGUUCUUGGCAUUAUGGGCGUGUCCAUUAUCGACAUUCUCUAUCCAUCCCCUCAGAAGGAGAGUGAAGCGAAGACGCUUCUUGCCAGCAGCACCAUUUCUCAGCUUGCUUUAUUUGCAUUUGAAUAUGCGCUGGCGGAGCUGUGGAUGUCAAAAAAUGUCUUUCCCGACAUCGUUCUGGGUCACAGUCUUGGAGAGUAUGUGGCGGGGUGCGUGGCGGGAGUCUUGAAGCUUGAGGAUGCUCUUAAUCUGGUAGCCAGUCGAGCGAAAAUAAUGGCAGAGUUACCCUCAAUGGACGGCGUUAUGGCAGCAGUUCGUGCUACAGCAGAGCAGGGCGAGAAAGCCAUAGCCGAUUUUUAUGGAGAAAAGCAGAGGAAGUCAUCGGUUGCUGUUGUCAAUGGCUUAAAAAGCAUCGUUCUUUCUGGCCCACGAAAGGAUGUGCAAGCAAUUCUGGAGAAAAUGAAUGCUUCCUCUAGGGCAAAAUUUUUAUCCGUGUCUCACGCUUUUCAUUCACCCUUGGUAGAACCAACAUGUGAGCCCUUCAAGAAAGUGGUAGAGCAAGUGCAGCUCCAUUCACCGCACAUUGAAAUGAUCUCAACAGUCACAGGACAACUUUGUGAUGAGGCUCUUCGGCAACCUGACUACUGGGCUGAGCAAAUCACCAAGCCAGUUAGGUUUUGUGACGCUAUCCAGCACUGUGUAGCAAAUGGAGCGACCUUACUAGUAGAAAUAGGGCCUCGUCCUACGCUUACUUCUAUGGGAAGGGGUUGCCUCAAGGAGCAGGCUGAUAGUGCUCUCCAGUGGAUCAACAUGGUCGACCCAGAAGGCGUCAAGAUCGAAACAAUUGAUGCCGUCGCCGCUGCAGCAGCAAAAGGUGCGAAGCCAGCGUCGGUCGUUUUCAAUAGGAAGUACUUCCCGUGGAGGGACAUUUGCCACCCGUUGCUGGGCCGCAAAGUUGCUCACGAGGACGGUCGCGUGGACUUUGUUGGUGGCAUGAGUGAGGAGGCAGAGUCGCUUUUCAUUGAUCAUGUUGUGAAGGAUCAGCCGAUGUUGCCGGCAACUUCCAUGCUGGAGCUCAUGGCAGUAGCCUCCAGAGAGGUCCUGGACAAGGGAGCAUCGGCGACCCCACCAUGCUUGUCUCAGCUCGUCUUCGAAAAGCCACUCAUCUUCCAGCCAGGCUCCAACACUUCCAUCUCUGUAUCAGUUGACUCCCACUGCCAAGUACGCUUGCUAAGCAGCUCAGAAACAGAUGAGGGGGAGCAGCAGGUCCACGCGUAUGCACAAAUCCUCACAAGCUCCAUGGAGAUACCAGACGUCGAUAGCAAGACUAUCCUGGAGGCGUGCCCCGAUGAAGUUGAUAUGGCCUCAGCCUAUGCUGAGCUACACAAAGCUGGUUUGUCGUAUGGUCCACGGUUCCGCACUGUUAAGCGCGCAUUUAAAGGUGAGAAUGCAGUUGUUGGUCUACUGCAAGCCGUGAGCCCAAAGAAUUUCGAGCGUGGCUUCCGUCUACACCCUGCUGUUAUGGAUGGUGCGCUACAACUCUCCGCGAUUUUGCUAUCAGAUGAAGGGCAGCGCAAGGCUAUGAUUCCUUUUUCCAUUGAAUCCGUGACCAUACUCAGUGCAAGCUCAGAAAAGGAAAUAUGGGCCCGGGUUUCCCUAUUGUCUCGUACCCCAACUGCAGCAACUGUUGAUGCCCAGCUUUUCACAUCGGAUGGCAAGGUAGUAUCAGACUUCAGUGGAGUCACUUUCCGACAGAUAGACAUGGAGCCUUCAGCUGCGAUUCCCCGCGAUCUUCUGUGGCACACUGAAUGGAUUCCAUCGUCAAAGCUGGAUUCACAAAGUACGACAGAGGCAGAAAGCGAGGGCGUCAGCCAACUAUCUCCACUCAGCAGCGACGCCCAACGCCCUGCGCAGCCGAACGCAGCCGAUGCAGAUGCUACAAGCUCUCACACAGACGAAGGCGGGCCCUGCUCUACGGAUACUUGCAGUACAGCUGAACCAGCACGACCAGCAAUUAUUUUCAUUGACUGUACUGGGGAUCAUGAAGCUCUGCGUGAUGACUUUUCAGACAGCGAAGAGACAACCAUUGUUUGGCUCUCAAAACCAACAGCUGAAACCGUUGCCAACGUCCUGCCACUGCCGGAUGCCUCUUCGCCUAUAGAGUCGGACAAAGUAAUUUUUGUUCUCGCCCUUAGCACAGCUUCAAGCCCUCAAGAUAUUCUUUCGUCUGUCCUGGACGUAACCAAGGUUAUGGCUACACAGAAAACGGCCCAGUUCUACCCUGCAUGGAUCUUGACCAGCGGAGCCCAAGGACCAACGUAUGAUUGCGUGCAUCCCCAGAAUGCAGGGAUCUGGGGUCUUGUGCGAUCCAUUCGCCUGGAGGUAGACGCUACUGGUACAUCGCACUUUAUUGGGUGUGCGGACAUAGAAGAAGGACUGGAUCUUACCAGAGCUGUAAACGAAAUCAUCGACCAACACCUGGCGUAUCCUCAAGAAACCGAGAUGCUCGUCCGUUCAGCAGAGUCAGGAACUGGCCUCCAAGUUCUUUUUCCUAGGCUCAACCGUUCUUCCUUGGUUGUACGUGGCCCACUGGAGCUCCAUUUGCCUGACCGUGGAGCAGUAACGAACUUAUCUCUUCGCCCACAAGCACCUAUGCAGCGCAGCUCCCUCGAGCCCUAUCAGUGUCGUAUUCGUGUGCGCGCUGUUGGAUUAAAUUUUCGCGAUGUACUUAAUGUUAUGGGUCUAUACCCCGGAGACCCCGGGCAACCCGGCGCUGACUGCGCAGGCACGGUCGUGGCAGUUGGCAGCCAGGUUUCCGGCCUGCAAAUUGGCGACAGUGUUUACGGCAUUGCUCAAGGUUGUCUGAAGACAUUCGUUACGGCGCCUGCUGAACUAUUGAGGAGGAUGCCUGCUUCAUGCUCCUUUGAAGAAGCAGCCGCACUACCUGUUGUCGCAGCUACUGUUGACUAUGCAUUUGCCCAACUAGCUGAUGUUAAGGAGUCUGACAAGGUGCUUAUACACACGGCAACAGGAGGCGUAGGACUGAUUGCUAUCCAGUACUGCCAAAGGGUGGGGGCGACAGUCUAUGCAACCUGCAGCGGCGGAGCCAAGGAAGAAUACCUGCGGUCCGCUGGAAUUCAGUAUAUCACGACAAGCCGCGAUGCGUCGACUUUUGCGAAGGAUAUGCAAACGUCCGCAGAUGCGCCCGCAUCCCCAAUAUCCGUAAAGAACACUUCUGAGGCUGACAAGGCAUAUGUCAUCUCGGGUGGUCAUGGAGCGCUUGGUCUAGUCGUUUGCAAAAUGCUCAUAGAGGAAGGCGCUAGGCAUAUUGCUCUGCUUUCGCGGUCUGGGGAGCCAUCUGCUGAAUUGAAGGAAGGAGAAACCUGGCAAUAUUUGUUGAGUGCCCAACCUAACAUUCAAAUCAAGCACGUAAAGUGCGACAUAAGCAAGAAAGAAGACGUCAGGAAGGCAUUUGAAGAGAUCCAAUCUGGCGAAUGGCCUCCCGUGCGCGGAAUAUUCCAUGCAGCAGGAGUGACUGAUGACAAGGCUCUCGCCGAGCAAGACAAGGCGUCGAUUGAGAAGGUUUAUGCUCCAAAGGUUGUGGGGGCCUGGAACUUGCACGAGGUGUGCGAGGAACUGGAUUUGAACAAGGACCUCGAGAUCUUCCUGAUGUUCUCGUCGGUCACAGCCAUUUUAGGAAACUUUGGCCAGGCGAACUAUGCAGCAGCCAAUGCCUGCCUUGACGCUAUAGCUGCGUGGCGCCGGUCUAUAGGAUUGUGUGGUCAGAGCAUCCAGUGGGGUCCGUGGGUGGAGCAUGGAAUGGCAGCUGGGCUGAAAUCUCUCCUGGAGAAAGCGGGCAUGAGGGGAAUUACUGAAGACCUAGGCAGCAGAGUCCUUCAGGACGUUAUGCGCAGUGGAGACCGUUAUGGAAUUUUGAUGUGCCAAUCCUUCAGGUGGAGAAGCUUCCUUAUGAGAAAAAGGUCAGUGGGGGCGAUGAUCGGCUACGUCAACAAAACCAUAGCCGAACAAUUUUCGGGCCACAAGCCUACCCCAAUGCCUAGCAGCUUCGGCAAAGUGUCAAAAACAGACAGGAGAGUGGCCACCAUUGCUAUUGUAAGCGCAGCUUGCCACAUGCCAGGUGGAUCAACAAGUACAGCCCGUUUCUGGGAGAUGCUGCAAGCAGGAACUGACUGCAUGGAUGAAAUCCCAUUGGACAGGUGGAAUAUGUUUGCAUUUUACGAUCGUGAUCCCGAUCAUCCCGACACCACAUAUGCAAAGCUCGGUGCUAUGGUCGAGCACGCUUUCCACUUUGACAAUUCGCUAUUCAACGUCAGCAACAUCGAGGCAAAAGUAAUGGACCCUCAACAACGCAUCUUGAUGGAAGUGGCCUAUGACACAAUUUGGUCUGCUGGAUUCGAUAAAACAGACUUGGUUGACCAGGAAAUUGGCUGCUUCGUGGGCUGUUGCAAUUCUGAUUGGCACAUGCUUGACAUUCCCUCUGGUUCCUUCACAGGGGCUCUCGUUGGAGGCGUGAAUAUUAUGCUGUCGCCAAAUCUGUUCAUUUGCUUUGCAAAAGCCCGGAUGAUAUCUCCAGACUGCCGCUGCCGCUCCUUUGACCAACGUGCGAAUGGCUAUGCUCGAGGUGAAGGCGCUGGAAUGGUCUUCCUGCGUCCCCUAGAAGAGGCUUUAAAAGAUGGAAAUCCCAUUUUGGCCACCCUAAGAGGCUCCGCUGUGAACCAUGGAGGCAGGAGCGCUAGUCUUACCGCUCCUAGUGGUCCCGCUCAGCAAGCUGCAAUACGUGCAUGUCUGGUCCAAGGAGGCAUUCAGCCGCACGAAGUGACAGUCUUAGAAGCUCAUGGUACAGGCACGUCUCUCGGCGAUCCAAUUGAAAUGGGCGCUGUUCGCGCCGUUUAUGGUAUCGGAAGGACUGCUGAAAGUCCCCUGUUUAUUGGUGCUCUCAAGACCAAUAUUGGGCACUUGGAGGGUGCUGCAGGAAUAGCAGCUCUGAUUAAGCUCAUGCUCUGCCUUCGGCAUCGCGAGAUUCCCCAAAAUCUCCAUUUCGAGAAACUCAAUUCAUACAUUGAGCUGGACGAUAUGCCGGUAGUCUUCCCUAAAUCAUCCAUGGGUCUCACGGGGAGCUCAAAGCUUUUAGGUGCUGUAAGUUCCUUUGGCUUCGGCGGUGCCAAUGCACAUGCUGUACUGGAGGAGUAUGUUCAGCUCGAGACGACGGCAAAGCGCAGGGAGCCAAUUUCAUGGUCUCGCAAGAGAUUUGCCCACCGGGAAACACUGCAUCCUCAUGUUGCCCGGGUUAGGGAGACGGACGUCGGUGAUACUGUCUAUGAAGGAGAGGUCAGAAGGGAGCAUUUCGAAGUCAUGGCUCAGCACAAGCUUCAAGAGCGGCCAGUUAUGCCUGGCGCAUUGUAUUUGGAGACGAUGGCUGCUGCUGUCAGCUGCAAGCGCAUGAAGCCGUCAGGCUGUAUAUGCCCAGUAGAAACAGAUCAUUCAAAAACAGUGAUAUUGGAGGAGAUAGAGUUCCAGCGGCCCAUGCUUCUAGAAAAGCCAGUUACGGAUGGACUGCAUGACACGCAGAGGCUGUUUGUAACCGUAUCCCCAGGAGGACAAGUUACUUUGUCUAGUUCUAAAGGUGAGGAGGACGAAACUUUUGUUCAUGUGACCUGCCGACACAUCAAAGACGCUCAUCAAGAGAAAGAAACGCCGUCAUCUGCGGAGCUACUAAGCAUAUUUGAGCAGGACAAAAACCGUCAGGUUGUGGAUGUGGAGCAAAUGUACCAGCGCAUCAAAGAUAAUGGGCUCGUUCUUGGUCCUAAAUUCCGAGUCGUUAAGCAUAUGGAAUGUGGACCCUCGAGUGCAAAACUGCGGCUUGAGCUGCCCGGCCCCAUCACUGUAGGCGAAACUGGUUACCGUUUCCAUCCUUGCGUUCUAGACGGAACAUUCCAAACCGUGGGAGCUUUGGUGCUGUCACACGAUCUUGCAGCUGCAAAGAAGGAGUCUCUACAGCCUCGGCCGUCACGGCUUAUGAUUCCCUUCAUGAUCCAGCGGGUGGCCAUGGGGUCCAUGAACGGUGUGCAUAAAGCCCUUCUUGCUCAUGUAGCUCUCGUGAAACGCGAUGCAAGUCAGGCAGUGAUGGACAUCAACAUUAUGACUGAAGACGGGGAUUGGGUAGCCAGCAUUACGCAUCUCACGAUGCGGGCUGUUGACCCAGUUCCUGCAGCUGAGAUUCCUCGAGAGUUGUUGUGGCACUCCCAGUGGCAGAAGUUCAAGACACUACCAAGCAUUCCAGAAGAUGCGAAUUUGAAAAUUGUUGUGAUCGACUUCAGAGCAGUAAAAGAUGACACGCUUGCUCAAAUCGACGAGCUCGUGAAACCAUGGAGCUGUACACUUAUGAGCAACCCUACUGCGGAGGAUUUAACACCACUGGUCGUCACAGGAACUGACGAUUCAGCACAGGAGAUGACUGUCAUUGUAGUCGCGGCGACUACAACUGCAGCUAACGACACCUCAGUUGUUGCAGGCCUUACAGUUGUCUGCAAGGCUGCGCAUCGGGCCAUAAUGGCUGAUAAGACGGCAGUGCUAAGGCCCAUCUGGAUUGUCACCCAUGGUUUAUUCGCAACUGAAGGACAACGUGGAGGCUGCUCUCAAGCAGGUGCUUGGGGUUUUGCACGUGCUGUGCGCUUAGAGACGGCAGCUCAGCUGGGAAGGCUGAUUCCACUCGGUUGUGUGGAUGUCGAAGAUCCAAAACUAUUGCCUCAGACUUUGUAUGCUUUGGCUACGAUUCAAGAAACAAAGCCAUAUGAACCAGAGCUGCUUGCGUGCACCCAACUUGCUGGAGGAAUGGAUGAUGAUGAACCUCCUGCCAGUAGUGGGACGGAGACAGCGCAAGAACUCCAGCCAGAAACGCCUUCCAUCUUCGUUCAUAGACUUGCAAAGUGGAAGAAAGGUGUCCGAGGACCUGUCGAACUGCAUCUCCCUGACAGAGGAGCCAUAGCGAGCCUCGUCUUGAGGGCGCAAUCAGUCGGCCAUAGGAAGCAGCCAAAAGGAAAUAUGGUGGAAGUUAGAGUGCGUGCCAUUGGCUUAAACUUCCGGGAUGUCCUAAAUGUUAUGGGACUAUAUCCUGGGGAUCCAGGGCCACCAGGGUCAGACUGCGCUGGAAUGGUUGUCGCAGUGGGUCCGGAAGUGAAGCGAUUAAAACUAGGUGACACAGUGUUUGGCAUUGUCCCUGGGUGCUUGAGGACAUUUGCAGUGACGAGCGAAGAUUUGCUGUGGAAACUGCCCGACGGUUUGUCUUUCUCUGAAGGUGCGACCCUUCCAGUUGUGGCUACGACGGUGCAGCAUGCACUUGGUGACAUCGCUCGAGUCAAAGCAGGCGAUAAGGUCCUAAUACAUGCAGUGUCUGGAGGUGUUGGCCUCCUGGCGAUUCAGCACUGUAAGCGCGUUGGAGCUAUCGUAUAUGGUACUUGCGGCAGUGAGGCUAAGACAAAGUACGUGAAGGAGCUAGGGGUACAGUAUGUGACGUCAAGUCGCAAGCCCGAAAUAUUUGUCAAAGACAUGCGAAAGUUUCUUGGGGAGAACGGCAAGGUUGACGUCGUGCUCAAUUCCCUGCUAGAGCCUUUCAUAUCUUCCUCACUUUCUUUCCUGGCGGAAAACGGCAUUUUCAUCGAGCUCGGCAAAAGAGGUAUUUGGACUCACGAACAAAUGAAGGCAGCACGGCCAGAUGUUCAAUACGAGACUGUAGCUGUUGAUCUUAUGAUCGAAGACAACCCUCGCUGGUUCGCUCUCCAACUACACCGUAUGACGCAGCGACUGGAGUCUGGUGCCCUCAGCCCUCUUCCAGCAACAGUUUUUGAUAUGACUGACCAGCAGGACGGAGGCGUUGCUGCGUUCCGGUUCCUUCAAAAGGCGCAGCACGUCGGGAAAGUGGUCUUGGCGAUUCCCAGUGCUCUCUCGCCAAAAGUGCACGCCGCCACCCUGGCGAAGUCCUAUAUAGUCACAGGCGGCCACGGAGCGCUUGGUCUAGUCGUUUGCAAAAUGCUCAUAGAGGAAGGCGCUAGGCAUAUUGCACUGCUUUCGCGGUCUGGGGAGCCAUCUGCUGAAUUGAAGGAAGGAGAAACCUGGCAAUAUUUGUUGAGUGCCCAACCUAACAUUCAAAUCAAGCACGUAAAGUGGGAGCGCUUGGUCUAG